CAUAUUAAUAGUGACACAAACGCCACAUCCAGUCCAACAGUGACGCCUGCUGGUCCACUGACGUAAUGACGUCCUGCAAUGACAUCACUGCGUCCUCCGUUGCUAGGUUAUCUUCCGGAAGGACCAAGCCCAUAACGACGUCGUUUAACGCUUUUGAGACAUUUCUUACUUUAACAUCUCCCUCUACGUUUUAAUUAAACCGCAUUGUAAGUGUUGUCGCACGUAUAUGUCGUCACGUUUAGACGUUAAGACUUUUAUUGUGAAAAGUAGUUUGGCCGAGGAGGGCGUGUCGUCACUGUGUCCAGCUUCACGACGCCCGAGAUCAAUAAAUCUAGCUUGUUAGCAAUAAAAGCGCUAACAUGGAGGCGGUUAUUGACUGUUAGCCGGAGCUAGCAGUGAUGCUAAUAGACAUAUAAACAUGCAUAUGUGUCUAUGGUGAUGCUGAGCCUGCUAUGAGUCCAUCCAGCAUCACCGGCUGGUGAUGUCCCUGCAGCCUCUGCAGCAGUCCGGGGAGGAUCCUGCAGGAUCCAGCAGCCUGCUAACAGCCUGCUAACAGCCAGCCAGCCCGGCUAGCUCUGCAGCAGUCCGGGGAGGAUCCAGCAGCCUGCUAACAGCCAGCCAGCCCGGCUAGCUGCUGCUGAUGACUGGCUGUUUCCUCACAUUGAUCUGCAGUGGGAGGCACCAUGGCCGGGAAGGUGAAGUGGGUGACAGAUAUCGAGAAGUCAGUGCUCAUCAAUAACUUUGAGAAGAGGGAAUGGGUUCAAGUCACAGAAAACGACGACUGGAAUUUCUACUGGAUGAGCAUCCAGACCAUCAGGAACGUGUUCAGCGUGGACACCGGCUACCGCCUGUCAGACGAGCAGAUGGUCAACCACUUCCCCAACCACUACGAGCUGACCAGGAAGGACCUGAUGAUCAAGAACAUCAAGCGCUACCGCAAGGAGCUGGAGAAGGAGAGCAGCCCGCUGGCUGAGAAGGACGAGAAUGGGAAAUACAUUUAUUUAGAUUUUGUCCCUGUGACGUUCAUGCUCCCCGCUGAUUAUAAUCUCUUCGUGGAGGAGUUUCGCAAGAACCCGUCCAGCACUUGGAUCAUGAAGCCGUGUGGGAAGGCUCAGGGCAAAGGCAUCUUCCUCAUCAACAAGCUGUCCCAGAUCAAGAAGUGGUCCAGGGACAGCCGCACCUCCACGUUUGUAGCAGCGUCCAGCGGUAAGGAGGCCUACGUCAUCUCCCUGUACAUCGACAACCCUCUGCUGAUCGGAGGGAAGAAGUUUGACCUGCGUCUCUACGUCCUCGUGACAACAUAUCGCCCUCUGAAAUGUUACAUGUAUAAGCUGGGCUUCUGCAGGUUCUGCACAGUCAAGUAUACGCCCAGCACCAGCGAGCUGGACAACAUGUUUGUCCACCUCACUAACGUGGCCAUCCAGAAACACGGGGAUGACUACAACCACGUCCACGGAGGGAAGUGGACGGUCAGUAACCUGCGUCUGUACCUGGAGAGCACCAGAGGGAAGGAGGUCACCAGCCGGCUCUUUGACCAGAUCCACUGGAUCGUGGUGCAGUCACUGAAGGCCGUGGCUCCUGUGAUGAACAAUGACAAGCACUGUUUUGAGUGUUACGGGUAUGACAUCAUCAUUGAUGACAAGCUGAAGCCGUGGCUGAUCGAGGUGAAUGCGUCUCCGUCGCUGACCUCCAGCACGGCCAACGACCGCAUCCUGAAGUACAACCUCAUCAACGACACCCUGAACAUCGUCACGCCCAACGGGGACAUCCCAGACUGCCGCUGGAACCGCAGCCCGCCCCGAGAGGCCAUGGGCAACUACCAAGUCCUGUACGACGAGGAGCAGGCUCAGAGUGAGAAUGCGGAGCGUGACCUGCGGAGCCGCUCGGGUCAGUCUCUGGGGUCAAAGGGCACCAAGGGGAGUGCAGGCGUUCGCCCCGUCGCUGCCACCUGGAAGUGAGGUGAUACUGGGACUCUUAGUGACUUCCUGUACAUUAUGACAGGUCCAACAGUGGGACCAGUGGGACCAGUGGGAUAGAAAGAGAACCAGACGUUUUAUAUGACAGCAGUCUGAGGAGGACUGCUGCCUGUCUGCACACUGACCUGACUGAGUUCAACCCUGCAGCAGAGGAGGAAAACCAACAUGGUGGUUCUGUUUGAAGAGUUUAACGGCUGCAGUUUGUGUUGUAUGAAUGAGUAACUAACAUGUUUGUGGGGUCAAUGUCUCAAUAGCAACAGCAGCUCAAGUUACCCAUGAAGAAAAGGAAAACACCCCAAAAAACAUGAAAAAAACUGGAUGAAACCUUUGGAGAGGAAAUCCAAAAAGAAGAUCCCUCUGCAUGGACGGCACAAUAACAACUACAUUAAUGAAAAGAAAGUAUCUGAUAUUCAUCAACGGGAUUAAAAACCAACGUGGACAAAGAGGAUUACAGCAGCCUGAACUAUGCAUGAUGACUGAGUCCACACAGGUGCUAAAGAAGGAGAUCUGAGAGAAAAAGAAUAUAUAGAGACAAGAAAUCUAACAAUACAAAGGGUAUAAAGAUCAAAUAUAAUGAUAGAUAGAAUUAAUGGUACUAAAUGUGUUAUAGACCCCCAAAAUAGAAUUUAAUAUGUUUUUUUAUAUGUUUAUUAUCAGUGUGCAUAUGCAGGGGGUCAUUAAUAUUGAUUGUAUUAAGUGCUGAAUCAUAUUGCACUUUAUUACUUUACUUUUGCUUGAAUAUUAAAUAGAUAUGUUGCAUUUUGGGUUGACAUCAUAUCUGCUGCACAUUUAAAAUCUUAAAUACAUAUGCAUUCUUAGCUGCCAGCUGCUUUUUGAUAUCCUGAUGUAGGGCUUUGGGUUUUUAGUUUUAGUUUAGCAAAGUAUACAUUGUGGUAUUUUGGAAUAAAGUAACACAGUUAAAUCAGAAACAUGCAGCUAGAAAGAAUGUAAGGAAGUAGAACGGGACUCAAAGAACCCUAAAGAACCAUCACAUGACCUCAGAUGGUCCAUUUACCCUCAUUUAGUCCUUCUGUGGCUGUUUGGUGUGUUCAAGAGCUUGAAGUGGAAAACACAUGAAAUAUGAUUCAUUUCCACCAUGUGCAUGUUAAUCAUAAAGGCACAUGUAUUUGUUUUUUACACCAACACAACACUUACUUUCACCCUCCAUGUUUUGCUGAAUAUCAUAUGUCGGGGAACUCAUUUUUCUGAUUGUUCCGACAGCACAUGAAUGCAGCACAAAUCUCAAAAUCUUACUGAAAGUGAAAACUCCUUUGUGUAAACGCCCCGUAAUCUGGAUCCACUCCUAAAUGUAAUGUGUUCCUGCUCGGCCCACGGCACACAAUUCUGUUAAGUUUCAUGAUAAUUGGUCUGGUAGUUUGUCUGUAAACCUGCUGACAACCAGACAGAGCAGCCAAAAACAUCAUCUCCUUGGUGAAGGUCAUUUUCAGUUUGAUUUCAUUGUCUUCGGUCGGCUCGCUCAUUAAUCAAAACCAAAGUCCACGAUCAAGAUUAUCAUCAUAAUCACUUUGUUUACUCUAAAACAAGGCGUGUCUCCUGUGAAAGGUUCCAGAGAAAACAUUUCUGUGAUUAAAUCAAGCUGCUGAUGGCUUCGCUGAUAUGAAAACCCGUUUGGUGCUCUGUCAAAUUAAAUCGUUGGAAGAAAAUUGUCUAUUGAUUAUGCGAUAUAAUGAUAUUUUUCCUCACAUCGCUGUGGUAAGGGGCCCUGAACCCUUUGAUGAAUCUAAUCUGUCUGGAGAUUAAUCAGAGGUCAAUCCUUCUAAAGCCAAAUGACCUUUAUGUUCCUGAAGUUGCAUUAAAUAAGCCUGUGCAUGGCAUUGUUCCUUCACCUUGAACACAUUUCCCACCUACACCACCUACACCACCUACACCACCUACACCACCUCCUCGUUGUUGUUUCCUACACCACCUACACCUCCUACACCACCUCCACCUCCUCCUUGUUCCCUCCUGGAGCUGCUUAUACCUGCAGACAGCAGGUGUGUGAGCCAUAGAUGUGCUGUUAUUGAUCUUUAAUCAGAUUCUCCAUAACUCUGAUCUGUUCUACAAGAAAACAAACACAUCCUCCCGUGCUAGAGACCAAAUUUAGUUUGAGAUGAAUUAAAGUGUGAGGUGUGUCUGGCAGUCAGAACAGGAAGUGACAUCAGGCCCAGUUCCCUCCGCUGCUCUUCUUUUAUUCUGGUUAUAAACUGUGCGGUUUAUGUUGUGAACAUGAAAGAGCUCUUCUGUUUUUAGCUUCGCAGUACUGAGAUCUCUUUGUAUGAGAAAUGCAUCAUUUCCUUUAAGUUUGUCUCUACCUUUCAAUAAAAUAUCCAUAUUGGUGCUGCCUUGAAAAUAAAUAAUGUUCAUUUUA